AUGUCUUAUUGGCAGAAACCAGUUAACGUCUCCACAGAUGGCCUAAGUGAAAAUCAUGAGAAAAUAAUUGUUUGGGUGCUAGAUUCUAUCUCGUGGACCGUCGCCCCCUUUGCCAUACUAAUGAACGCGUUAGUUGUUAUAGUCGUGUCUCCAAGAAAAGAGCCACAAAAAACCUCCAAUAUUCUGUUAUCAAGCAUCGCACUGGCAGAUUUUUUAACAGACAUUGCAUCUAUACCCGCUAUCACUACAACGAUACUAAUCGUUCACCAAGGCUCUCUUGAAUUCUUACGCACGAUAAACAAAGUAGCCGUUAACUUAGAGGGUUUCUUUUUUUUCUGUUCUCCGUACCACCUGACUAUUGUUGCUUGGGAAAGGUUCGUAGCCGUACGGAAAUGGAUGCAUUACAACGUAAUUAUGGCAAAACAACGUAUUAUCAAGUUCGCAAUAUUCGCUGGUUCUUGA